UUGAUUGAUUUUAGAAUGGAGAAUGGUUCUGGUUCUGGUUCCAGUACUGGCAUAUUAAACAGACAGUGUUCCAGGGGAACAGAAGAGUCGCGGCCCAGAGAGACGAUGCAGCUGAAGAAGGAGAUCUCGCUCCUGAAUGGCAUCAGCCUUAUCGUGGGAAACAUGAUCGGCUCGGGGAUCUUCGUGUCUCCUAAAGGUGUGCUGCUCUACAGCGGCUCCUACGGGCUUUCGCUGGUUGUCUGGGUCCUCGGGGGAAUCUUCUCCGUGAUCGGCGCUCUGUGUUACGCUGAACUGGGCACCACCAUCACCAAGUCGGGCGCCAGCUAUGCCUACAUCCUGGAGUCAUUCGGAGGCUUUCUGGCAUUUAUUCGACUCUGGACAUCGCUCCUCAUCAUUGAGCCCACCAGCCAGGCCAUCAUCGCCAUCACCUUCGCCAACUACCUGGUGCAGCCGCUGUUCCCCACCUGUGAGCCGCCGUACUCUGCCUCUCGCCUCAUUGCUGCAGCAUGCAUCUGUUUGUUGACGUUCAUUAACGCUGCAUAUGUGAAGUGGGGCAUCAGAGUGCAGGACGUCUCCACCUACAUCAAAGUUCUGGCCCUCGUUGUCAUCAUCAUUACAGGCAUAGUGAAUCUGUGUCAGGGUCAGAUAAAAAACUUUGAGGGUUUCUUCCAGGGGUCAUCUCAUGACCCGGGAGACAUCGCUCUGGCCCUGUACUCUGCCCUGUUCUCCUACUCAGGCUGGGACACUCUGAACUUUGUCACGGAGGAAAUCAAGAAUCCAGAGAGGAAUCUUCCUUGGGCCAUAGCAGUGUCCAUGCCCAUCGUCACCGUCAUCUACGUCCUGACCAACGUGGCCUACUACACUGUGCUGGACAUGAGCUCCAUCCUCAGCAGUGACGCUGUGGCUGUGACGUUUGCUGAUCACACUUUAGGAGUAAUGAGCUGGACUAUCCCCAUCGCUGUGGCUCUGUCCUGCUACGGUGGACUCAACUCCUCCAUCAUCUCAUCGUCCAGGCUUUACUUUGUCGGCUCUCAGGAAGGUCAUCUCCCUGAUGCUUUAUCAAUGAUUCAUGUGCAGAGGUUCACACCCAUUCCUGCUCUCCUCUUCAACUGUGCUAUGGCUCUGAUCUACCUGACCGUGCAGGAUGUGUUCCAGCUCAUUAACUACUACAGCUUCAGCUACUGGUUCUUUGUCGGUCUGUCCAUCGCUGGACAGAUCUACUUACGCUGGAAAGAUCCGGACAGACCGCGACCUCUGAAGUUGUCUCUGGUGUACCCUGUGGUGUUCUGCUUGUGUACGGUGUUCCUGGUUGCAGUGCCCCUCUACAGCGACACGCUCAACUCCUUCAUCGGCAUCGCCAUCGCCCUCUCGGGUGUUCCUGUUUACUUCCUGGGGAUUCACCUUCCUGAGUCCAAACGGCCACCGUUCGUCGCCGCAGUGCUGCGUUCUGUCACUCGAUUCACUCAGUUCACAUGUUUCUGCGUGCUCACAGAUGUGGACCCAGUGGAUUAA